ACAGAUAAAUAGUCCAACUGAAUUCCAGUCUGUAUCAACCCAGAAUGGCAAUAAGAAUUACCUCUGUUUCUGUUUUAAUACUUACAACCUUAUUGCUCAAUACUUGCAAAGCUGUGGAUGAAUACUCAUCACAAACUGAUGCAACUCAAUCAUUCACUAUAAGCGAUGGCAUGAUGCUAUAUGAUUUCAAUCGCAAUUCAAAACCAAUAACCCUCAAGCAGUCAAAUCAUUCCGGCAAUUUAACUCUGUUCAACUUCUCGGACCGUGAAACAUCUCUAUUUGAAGAUUGGAUCGGAGUUUCAGAUACAUUUGGAGUUGAAGGACGGUCUAUAGCUGUACUUGUACCAUAUACUGCUUAUGUAAAUUUUAUUUAUAGAUAAAAUUUGACUAACAUCAUGUUUAGAAUAACCAGUCGGCAAUAUUAU